CGACCGCCAUUCACAAAUGAGAAAAACCGAUAAAUAUUCCCGACUUACAAUCGAGGGUAUUGAUGGUGAUUUGAACAUUGAGGAUUUCUUGUCUCACUUAAGUGGACCACCAAGUCUGGCAUUGCAUUCAAUUCCAGAAGACGACGGCGGGCUCUCGCUGUCCAAAACAGAGUCUCCUAGAUCCGAAAUGAAAGAAGAUGAAUUGCAAGUUCCGACUGAAAUUCAACGAGCUAAUAGCGACCCUUUCCCAUGGAUGCAGUACCCUGUUAUGUACCAAAAAGGAAUCCGAAAAGCUAGAAGUCUGUCGGAUAUCGAAGAGAUGUCAAAAUUGCAAUUCGAUUACUUGGAUCUCUCAGAACUGAUUCAAGAUGACUAUGAAAUCGAAGGUGGUAUCGCAAACAGCACUCAAAUUGAAAGCACUGAUAAACGCCGUCACACCAUUACGAACCCUAACUCAUUGCAAUAUAUGACAUCACUUGUCGACUUAGAAGGACGAAGUUUGUCGCAAGAUGAUUUGUUUUACUUGAAAGAUAAAAUGAAUGCUUUCGACGACUUGAUGAAAGAAAAACCAAAUCACGUGUCGCAAGUGAUAAGAUUAGCUGACGAAGUGCAUCGUAAUAUUGGCUUCGAGAAGCGACAAUGGUCAGAAAACGGAAGUGGCAACUUGGAACCACGAAGUUCAUUUUACAGCACACAUCAUGCAUCGGUUCCGAUUUUAAUUGAUGGCAAUACUUCAAUUGAUACACGUGAAAACUCAACGUUUUCAAAUGUUGUUGUUAUUUCUCCUCCCAACAACACACAGAAUCGACGAGUCAGUUUUAACCUUGGAUCUGUUGCGAAAAAUGAGGAGUGUAAAAACGAUCUGAAAAUGACAAAUUCGUCCAUCGAAACAUCUUCAUUGAUAAUGAACAAAAUCACAACAGUGGAAUCAAGCCCAGAGCAUGAAAGUUCGAACUUCAUACCACCACUCGUAGCAUUUGGACGAAGUCAAAGUAGUUCGAUAAUUCCGGAUAAAGGGACCAAAGUAGCACAAGAGAAUCCAAGAAAGACUAAAUCUGGUGGUACAGAAACUGUUCAGGAAAGUGAAUUGAAACGCGUGAACUCAAAACGAACUGAAACGCGUGAAUUCAAAACGGAGCAAGUGAAGGUUCAAAAAAUGAGUUUUCAGCCGUCCUUGAUGGCUCCUGGUCGGAGCCAAAGUGGGUCCGAAAUUCCAAACAAACAAACCAAAGACGUCGAAGAUGAUCCAAGACGAACAAAAUCCAGUGGUCCUGUAAUUGACGCUCAAAAAAUAAAUUCCAAACAACCCAAUUUUGAAACGAAAACUGUUAUACAAAAAGAGAUGAUUUCCGAGAUUUCAGAAAAAGAGUUGAAACCAGCUCCGAACAUCUUUGACCUUAAUAGCAGACCGCCAGUAAACGGACGGCCUAACAGCUUACCGACAAAGACAAGUGAAAAUGUGAAUCCUUCUCGAGAAGUAAAGUCUAGUCAGGCUAAGUUUUCCGAUUUUGAAAAACGUCUUCCUAAAAAACAGCUUCCUGAACAUUCCCAAACUAUCUCAGCAGUAAAAGAACAACCCCUUCAAAAUGAGCCCGACAACUUUUUCGAUGAAGAAAACUUGAAAUCUGACACUAAAGGCGUAGUGGAAAAAGAGCCCAGCUUUGAUCUUGAAGAAACCCCUGUUUUCAAAGAGGCCGAAGAUCCAACUAAGAGAUCCAACAGCUUACCCAGUGAAACUUUGCCUGAAACUCGCCCUCGUGAAGAGCGAAAUAUUUCUUGGCCGCAAGCGGCAAUGGGAACAGCAAUAUAUUACCCUAUAAGAGAAGAAGGAUGGAUCGUAUCUGUUCCUGAAAAAGUUCCAAGUAACGCUUCAGAAAAAAAAGCUCCUGAUUAUGUUUCUUUGAAAUCUGACAUAAACGAAGUACCAGUUCAGAUUUUCAUCGGUCCAGAAUACUCGAUUUUGGACACUUAUAUUUCAGCUGAAAUAACAGAACCUCGGCAAACUUCCCAUUUCGAUGAAGAUGUAGAUACAAAACCGAAUUCAGGAGAACCGACACCAAAAAUAGAACAAAACCAUCAAUUUGAAAAUGGAAACUGUCCAAGAAGCUCCUCGAAAGAGGAUAGUUUAAACACAAGCAAAAGAUCUAUUUUGAGUCAAGAAUCACCUCGCCGAGUGAUAGUUCAAAACGUGCCUCAGCCACGUGUAACCCGAUCGCCGACUAAAAACUCAUUACGAAGCUCUUCCAAAACGUCUCUGAAAAAUGUAAAAGAAGAACGGCAACCAUCUUUGAGCAAAAUCGACCUCAACUCAGCGCCUGAAUUAGUAACGAGAGCUAGCUUUAUGAAUCGAGAUUCGCCGAGAAAACUUCAUCGCAACGACGAACCUUCGGUUUUGAACAUGAGCAUUGUGAGUAUAAGUGAGAAACCAGAACUGGAAAAAGCAGAGGCGAGUUCGUUUGAAAAACCGAAUGCUCACAAAUCCGAAAGUUUUAUGUCAGUUUGGGACAAGCCAAAAAGUCCAACUCCGAGAAAAACAAGUUCUGGGACGAUUGAAUCAAUUGAAACUAGCAGACUUCCCGAACGUCAAACGUCGACGCCUAAAAUAACAGCUAGCCCAAGGUCACAACAACCGUCAUUGAGCAAUUUGAGACAGGAAUCAUCAGAUUCAAAGUUAGAUUCCCCAACUCGUCUUCCGAUUCGAUCUGGAAAGACUCAGAAGCCAAUGAAGAUAUCAAGAGAAACCCCUGCUACAGUUCGAGAAGAAUCUUCAAAUUUGGCCUCCUCUCCAGAGCAAACAAAAUCAAUUCUACCUAAAAUAGAUGUCAAGAUUCUGCCCAUGGAAAUCGACAGUCAGAAGAAAGCAGAAAAGCAGGGCUCAAAUGAUGAGAGUAUGAUGAGUGAUUUGGAGAUAACGCAGUCCACGAUAAGUCCUAACGAACUUCCUCAAGUAGAGGCGGAUCCAUCGUAUCGAAAGAAAUUUAUCGACUCUGUAAACCCGGAUCAGAUAAAUAGGUUCAAGCCAUUCACUUCCAAAAACCCUCAAAGAGGAUCCCAAAAUAUCGAAAGAAUGGGAACUCCGAAGCCCGAGCUGGUUGAUCGCGCGACUUCGUUCAUUUUUGAUGCCGUUUCCAAAGACGAGUUUUCACAAACUGAGAUUGAUAAAAUUCUGUGUGAAAUUUGUAAAGAGCCACCCGAACAAAAUAAUAGAAAAAAACGGACUGAAAUAUGCGAAGAUGGUUCAACGCAAACAUUGGAGUGGCAGGAUGGAUUAACGAGAAGUAAGACUAUCAUUAAAAAAGAUACACACGAUUCGGAUACUCAAACAGAAAAUCUGAAAAAUAUUAUGUUUGACAAAAACUUGGGAACAUCGCCAAUUUUGAACCACGAUAUAUCGAUAAAUGUCAAUAUGAAACAGCCGACAGAUGUUAAGGUCACUCAAACUGAAACAGAAUUACCAGAGCCAAUUUUAGAAACGGAAAAACUGAAAAAUAUCAUGUUCGACAAAAACUUGGGAACUUCGCCAAUUUUGAACCACGAUAUAUCGAUAAAUGUCAAUAUGAAACAGCCGACAGAUGUUAAGGUCACUCAAACUGAAACAGAAUUACCAGAGCCAAUUUUAGAAACGGAAAAACUGAAAAAUAUUAUGUUUGACAAAAACUUGGGAACUUCGCCAAUUUUGAACGUUGAUAUAUCGACAAAUGUCAAUAUGAAACAACCGACAGAUGUUAAAGAAUCUCAAACUGAAACUGAAUUAUCAGAGCCAACCACUGAAACAUUUUCACGGAAAAGUGGCAAGUUGAGAAACAAUAGUAUAGUUGAAAACGAAACUUCAGACUCCGUCAGUCGAGCAAAAGAAGCAAAAUCUCCAAUUCAAGAAAAAGACACGAGACGCCUAAUGAAUGACAAAAACUUGGGAACUUCGCCAAUUUUGAACCACGAUAUAUCGCUAAAUGUCAAUAUGAAACAGCCGAAAGAUGUUAAGGUCACUCAAACUGAAACAGAAUUACCAGAGCCAACUUUAGAAACGGAAAAACUGAAAAAUAUUAUGUUUGACAAAAACUUGGGAACUUCGCCCAUUUUGAACCACGAUAUAUCGAUAAAUGUCAAUAUGAAACAGCCGACAGAUGUUAAGGUCACUCAAACUGAAACUGAAUUACCAGAGCCAAUCCUAGUAGCAAAAGCUGAAAAUAUAGCGCAAAAUGUUCCACCACGCAGUGAUGAUAGUAUCCGAUGCAUCAAUGGAAGCGGGAGCCGACACUCAUUUGAAAGUGAUUGCAAGCACGAGGAAGAAAAGGAAAAAUCCGAAAUGAUCGACUCUCUUAAAAACAUUCCAAAAGAGAUAAUCAAACCGGAACUGAAUGACUACCUGGAUAACAUUCCUGUGUACCAGCCUCCAAAGACUACAAAGCCGAAAUAUCCGAUGAGCCGAAAACGUCCACAAGAGUAUCCAAUUAACAAAAAACCGGAAUAUAUCCAAUGCAAAGACUGCAGAGACAGAGAGCUAAUUCACCCUGAGACAUUCGAAAGUAUUCGAGUCAUGAUGAGUCCCGAAGUCCUUGAUGACAUGCAACGCCUGGACCAGUUCCAGCGAGAGUGCCUCCUGACGCAUAAUAUGUUUCGGGUUAAACACAGAGCACCACCCUUAAAAUGGAACUCAAACUUGUCGAAACAAGCUCAAAUUUGGGCAAAUUAUCUCGUGUCCAGCAACACAGUUCAACACAGUAACGAGCACGGAUAUUCGGAAAACGUAUUGAAAAAACGACUUAAGCACUCGGAACAAGCGAGAGGGUUCGGAAUUGUUGAACAAUGGUACAAAAGAGGGGCAACCGAAUACGAUUACUCCGCAGGGAUAAAGCAGAAGCUAAACAGAACGUUGCAGGCGUUCGUGAAAAUGGUAUGGUCGGAUACAAGAGAAUUGGGAGUUGGUUACGCAUUCGAUAACGAAGACCACAUCAUCGCCGUGAGUCUCUACAAACCAAAGAUCAACGUGAAAAAUAUCUCGAACAAUGUAUUUCCAAAAAUUUGACUAACUGUCUCCCAACUU